AUUUGUUUUUCCACUCUUUACCCAUUUCUUAAUCAUGGAAAGAACAGCGUCUUCAGACCGCAGAGACUCCCUAUCCAUCUCUGCUAUUCUCAAUGAAGAUUCUGUGGAACCGAAAGGUCAAAUGAUGGACAUAAUAUCGGAUAGUAAACGAAAGCGAUAUACAUGGCCGGGGUGUUCCAACAACAGCAUCUUACACCCACUAGGUUCAUUUCAGCCUAACGUCGAAGAGCCUAUGAAUAUAGUGCCAGUACCAACCACUUUACAAUCCCCACCUCGAUAUGUCACAUCGAAAUCGGAUAGCAACCAAAUUCUCGUACCCGAAGAAGCCACCAUCCGACAGCUCCCUGAUGGGUUUGUCGUAUGUGGAAUUACUAAAGGGAAACGUAAGCGGAUAUCACCAGAACAACUCAAGGCUUUACUGGAAGUUUUUGAACAAACGGAUACCCCAAGCUCCCAAUUACGAGAAGAGUUGGCCGAACGAUUAAAUAUGAGCAAGCGUGAAGUUCAGGUAUGGUUUCAAAAUCGCAGGGCCAAGGCCAGUAGGAUGAGAAAUAAUUCUCAAGAUCCGUUCGAAAAAAGUACGAAACACCGCCGCAAAUCCACCAGUAGUGGCUCGUUUGGCAUUCCAAAUACAUUUGUACCUCCCCCAUUUCCCGCCAAUCCAGCCAUAAUCAAUGACCAUCGUCCCAGACGUUAUUCAGCUGUGCCGGUUUUGCAAACAGUGGCCAGGCCAUUUACCAACAUUCAAAGCCUGAGACCUAAUCCUGCGGUAUUUGGAAUCCCUCAUCCUCCAGCUGUACCUCAAUUUACCAAUGCAUGGGCUCAUGACAAGAAGCAGCAGCGUAAUUUACCACACACUAGUACCGGAAGCGUCAACAACUCGUUUCCCAAUAUUGCACCAAAGCCAAGUUCUAUCUCCCCAAUGCAAGAUGUGCGCAUGUCGACGCCUCCGACACGACCCAGGCCGUUUCAGCCUAAUCAUGAAUCGUCCUAUCCCUCAGAAAUGACAGAACAUAAAAAUUCCCCCAUAAGCAUGCUAGCGUCUGCCGCAGAGUUCGUAAGCUCCAAAGAUGCUGCACACCCUGUAACUUGUUAAUAAAUACGUAAACAUUUCCCAUCCUAUUGUAUUUUUGUUGCAUCGACGUAGACCGG